GAAGACAGAGUAGACAGAGCUAAGUAGACAGAGAGCUAUGGUUUCCAGUACAUACGCUCGUCGAACAGCUUCUGCUGCAAAACCUUUUAUUCUAAGACCUUCCGAAAGAGGUGAGCUUUCAACUAUUAUCAUACGCUCACAAAAUUCCAUCCCUUCAACGCAACCCCAACAAAUCCCGCUUCAAAAAUCACUCAAAACAGACCAAAAUGCUUCAGUUGUAAACGACGCACUGAAGGCGUUCGACGAUAUGCUUCAGUUGCAAACCCAGCCACCAAUUUCAUCAUUCAACACGUUGCUAGGCACAGUUGCGAAAUCGAAGAGGUACCGCGAUUUGUUUAUUAUGUUCGAUCGAAUGGCGGAAGUUGAUUUACUGCCUGAUUACAUUGGGAUGCACAUUUUGCUUAAUUGUUAUUGUGACUUGAAGAGAGUUGGUCUCGGUUUUGCUGUUGUGGGUGGGAUUAUUAAGAGGGGUUACAAACCAAACAUUGUUACGUUUACUUCGUUGAUCAAAGGGCUGUGCUUGGAAGAUAAACUAGGUGAUGCUUUAAGUUUGUUGAGGAAAAUAAUCGGAUUCGGUUUUCGCCCAAAUGUUAAGACUUGGGGGACUUUGGUCAAUGGUCUCUGUAGGAGUGGGAAUGCAAAGGUUGCUCUACGACUGCAUGAGGAAAUGAGAAACGGAACUGUCGGUUUUGAUUUGAAAUUUGAUCCGAAUUUGAUUUAUUAUUCUUGCCUCAUUGAUGGUUUGUGUAAAGAGGGUCUUGUGGAAAAGGGUAAAGAAUUGUUUCUUGAAAUGGAGGGGAGGGGUAUUUCCGCUGAUGUCGUUGCAUAUGGCGCCUUAAUUAACGGUUUGUGCAGAAUCGGUGAUUGGGAGAGGGGGAGAGAUUUAUUUUUCCAAAUGAUGGAUAGAGGAAUUCGGCCCAAUGUCGUGACGUUUAAUAUGCUGAUCGAUGCACUUUGCAAGGAGGGCAAAACCGAUGAAGCGAGUGGGCUGUUGGAUUUCAUGAUUCGGAGGGGAGAGAAGCCCGAUUCGAUUAUAUUCAACACUUUGAUCGAUGGGUACUGUCUGGAGCGUAGAAUUGGUGAUGCAAGAAAGUUGUUUGUCUCAAUGAGGGAUGAAGGCCACGAGAGAGAUGUUGCAAGCUAUAACGUGUUGAUUAAUGGAUAUUGCAAGUGUGGCAGAUCGGACGAGGCAAUGAGCCUUUUCAAAGAAAUGCUUUGCAAUAAAUACAAGCCGACUGUAAUUACUUUCAACACUUUAUUAACCGGUCUAUUUCAAAAGGGUAAAGUUAAGGACGCGCAAGAACUUUAUUCCAGCAUAAAAGAUUACGAUCUAACUCCGGAUUCUGCUACGUAUAGUAUAUUACUGGACGGGUUUUGCAAGAAUGAUUGUCUUGAGGAGGCAAUAGAGUUUUUUCAAACUCUCGAAAAAUCUGGCUAUAAGCCGAACAGUCUAACUUGUAACUGUCUACUUGACGGAUUGUGCAAGGCGGGCAAGCUUGAUCUUGCUAGUGAGCUGUUUGGGAGAUUUUCCGAAAUGGAAUUGGCACCAAGUGCUUAUACUUAUUCAAUCAUGAUCAAUGGGUUUUGCAAGGGUGGACAGUUAGAAAAGGCGAAUAAUCUGUUUUUGGAGAUGGAGAAGAAAGGUUGUGCUCCCGAUGUAGCCACCUUUAACACGCUUAUGCGGGGAUUUUGCGAUAAUAAUGACGCAGACAAAGUGGUGGAGCUUCUUCAUUUGAUGGCGGAGAGAAGUUUCGUACCGGAUUCAUACACAGCAGCUAUUGUUGUGGACUUACUGUCGAAAGACCAAAGCUACCUGAAAUAUCUCGAAUUGAUUCCCAGUUUUUCUGACAAGGGCGAAGAAAUGAGGACACGAUGAAUACGGAGUGCCGGUAGUUAAAGUUGUAGUUCCUCGAGCUCAACAUGUAAGAUACUGGAUCGAGUUCACUACACAUGAACCAGAAAUCAGAAUACUUAGAAUUGUAUUUGUUGGGCAAAAACCUA